AAUAUAUAUAUGUGUAUAGUUUUCUAGGUUAUUAGUAAUACAUCAAACAGUUUAUACAUGUUGUGGCAUCAUUGAUAUAUAUAUAUAUAUAUAUAUAUAUACACACAUGCAUAUUCAUUCAACAAAAAUUGAUGCUCAUGGUUUAUAAGGGCCUUUGGCAAAAAAAAUAUAUUUUAGACCCGUUAAUAGUUAAAAAUAUAAUUUUAGCUUGAUUUUUAAAAAUUAUAUAUUUAAAAUGUUCAAAAAUUUAGAUAUAAAAACAAAUAAAAUAAAAAAGUUUAGAAAUACAUAUAUAUUUAUUUUUGUUCUUAAUAAAAUUUCGUUUAAAAAAAAAUUAAACCCCUAAUAUCAUGGACCCAGAUUGGUUGGACUACUUGCCUUUGCAGUUGAGCCGAUACUGAUAGGCACACUUUGGAAAAGUUAAAAUGAUUUGUGUUUGGGAUAACUCCACGGCACUAAACAUGUGUAGUCAUGUGGAUAUGAGACUAUAUUUUGGAUCCCAUUUGAAUAUUGGAAAAAUGUUCAUUCGUGAAUUGUAUUUUUCUUUGAGAAUUUAGUCUGGAUCAUAUCAUUUCAUGCACCUGAGAUAUAUUUCAUGUUAAUAAAGAAAAUUGACCUUCAAAAUUAAAAAAAAAAAAUAGGAGAAACCACUUUGAACAGAAAGGUCUGGUUAGUUAAUCCAAUUAUACAAUUAUAUAUUAAAAUUAGAAUUAAUUUAUCUUUAUUUCUAUAAGUAUGGAUAGUUGCCAGGAAAAUCUUUAAAUUCUGGUAAAAUUGGCACGUAAGUUAAAUCUUAGCCUUGAUGGCUGUAACAUCUGCUGUCUAAAAUUUAAAACCGCGUUUUAUUAUUAACAAUUUAACAAUCUCUUAAACAUUAUAGUAAAUAAACAAAAUGAGUUACUUCUUUUGGGUGUCUUUAACUUUAUAAAUAACUUGUUUCCUAUUUAUUCUUAAUUUACAUCAACCCUAUAACGUUCUCGGGGCCAAAACUUUCCAAGUAACUGAAAACGAAAACGUCACAAAACUUAUUGGGAUCAAAAGAAAAUGAAGAAAAUUACCAAAAAGUUAUCGACCAAGUACGUGAAGCUCAACAAAAGCCGGCUCCGGCAAGACGGGUCUAUGAAGUCGGAGGAGGACGGUGGAGAGCUUUUCCAAGAAAAUCAUUCGCCAAAAAUUGAGGAAAGUAAUGAAAAAAAGGAGACACCUAUAGUAACAAAGAUCAUGGAGUCCAUGCAUCGUAAACUGACGCUAAAAGAGAAACCAAGUAAAAAGAAUAUCCACGUGGACGGUCACGACGACCAGCUUGAAGGUUCGGUUAGAAACAUGAAUCGUGGUGAUAAUGAUCAGCAUGUAGGCUCAGUUAGACGCGGUCAUAUGGAUCAUCUUGAAGAUUUGAUUAGGGGUCGUGAUCCUACAGAUCAUAUUGAAGGAACAAGUAUAAACCAUGUGGACCAGCUCGAAGGAUCUAGCAAAAACGGUCAGAAGAGUCAGGGUGAAGACGUUACUACUAAACUAAGCUGUCAUGAAGAUCAAUCAGAAGGAUCGACUAAAAGUCCUUCUGGUUUUGCUUCCAAGAAAGAUUAUCUUGAUUGGAUUGAAUAUGUGGAAGGAUCUAGUCAGCAUAAUUUCGACCGAUCCGAAAAUCAUGAAAGACAUUAUAGAAAGGAUGACAUAGACCAUAAUCAGAUCAGCAUUGGGAUAUCAGAAGGGUCAAUAGAGGGUAAUAACGAUGAGACAAUGUUACUAAAGAGCUCCAAGUAUAGAAAACAUGAGAAAUUUGAAGAUUUGAAAGGGUAUAAAAAAGGAAAAGGUAGUAAGGUCAAAGACUCAUCGAAACGUCAAAUGGUUGACUAAAGAUGAAUGGACCUUUCACAUUGUGUAAUAUGAUCACUGAUUAUUUUAGUUAGUGUUAAAGUAAGCUACACUCCUGCAUAAUGAUGAUAUUCAAAGUCUUCAUUUUUAGUAGUUUUAUAGGAUCAUAUGUAUUGUGUUCAAAAAAGAAAAAAAAAAUAGGAUCAUAUGUAUAAUAACGAAUAAAAAGAAAAAGAGCCAUCCAUAACACGCAAUUAUUAUUACAGAGCCAAAAGAAAAGUUAUAAAUGUUAUGCACAAAGUGAUUAUAAUCCUAAGCCUAAAAAAGAGCUUAGUAUAGCAGCUCCACUCCACAA